UCGGCCCUCCCUUGCCUUGUGCUCCGCUCGUGCUCCAGUUCCUUUUCCCCUUCCCCUCCUCCCCCAUCAUCUCCCUCGCGUCCCACCGCCGCCGCCGUAGGGUUGCAAGGCCGGACGCAGGCCACAUCCCGUCCCCACUACCCCGUCCUAUUCAUCCGCGCGGGCCUCCUGCCGUCGCGAAAGGGCGAGAUCCCGCAACCCCAGAUUCGUAUCCGGCCGCAUCCCACCCCCCAUCUGCGCCGGGGCCGCCUGGCUCUGCCCCCGCCGCACAAAUCCCGCCGGAAUCCGUCCCGGAGGUGCCGAGAUUCGCGAUGAGAAUGGCUCUAUAGGGCGCACUCGCUAGGGUUUUCGCGCCCGGUACCAUGGACGCCGCCAAGCCCCGGGAGGGUUCUGAUCGGACGCUGGACGCCUCCCCUGAAACGGCGCCGGCUGCUCAACAGGUGGAGAUGGAGGCCGCCGAUAGCGGCGCUGCGGCGGGACAACCUGCUGCGGCACGCGCGGCCAGUGAGGCGGAGGCGGGUGGAGGCACCACGGCGGAGCGUGCGCGUGGUGUGGGGGCCUCGGUGGGCGAGACGAGGAUGGAGGUAGGCGAGGGCGGCGCAACGGGCGAACAACACUCCGCGAAGGCUGAAGCAAACGAGGUGGAUGAGGGUGGCACUGCGCGCGAAGGGCGCUCUGCUGUGCCGGCAACCAAGGAGGUGAAUAAGGGGAGCGUUUCGGGGGAAGUGCGAGAUGCGGAUCCUGUGCUGCCUGAAGCGAAGAUGGAGGAGGACGAGACAGGUGCUGCAAGCAAGGAGAACUCUCCAGCUUCUACAGUGAGCGAGAGCGAGGCAAAUGGGGGGAGCGUUCCAGGGGCAGCGCAAGAUUCGGCUUCUGCGGCGUCUGAAGUGAGGAUGGAGGUGGAUGGCGGCUGUAUUCGGGAACAAGAGUGCACUGCAGUGCCUGUAGCAGGCGAGGUUAAGAUGGAGGAAGGUGAUGGCAGAGUGGUGAAUCAAGGGCCUGCACCACCUACUGCUGGCCUUCAGGUGAAAGAGAAGGCGGGGGAAUGCUUGGUGGGCCGCUACGUUUGCCGGAGUGCUCCAGGGCAUGCAAGGGUUCUUAUUGGGAAGGUUGCAUCCUACAAUAGCACAACUGGGGUCUACAGUGUGGUGUUUGAGGAUGGACAUGAUGAGGAUUUGGGCCUUCCUCAGCUCCAGGAGUUUCUCAUGUCUGAUGAGAAUGGUGUGUUAGGCAUGAAGGUGAGCUGCAGGAAGAGGAAGCUAGACUUGCUGGUUUCAUCGGGGAGUGCCUCGGAGGUGAAAGAGCCAGCAAGUACUAGGCAGAAGGUUGAUGGAUGCGACACAUCUGCCAGGCCUGAUGCACCACAGCAUAGUGGGUCUGGCUCUGAUAUGUCCGAGGACGUUGAAUCUUCGAGUAAUUCAUCAGAUUUCACUAAAGAAGAACCAUCUGAGCCAUGCCCUCCUGUACAGGCUGUGGAGUUGCCUCCAUCAUCGGGAGACAUUCCUGUGCCAGAAGAGUCCAUAAGUUAUCUCUUUUCUGUUUAUAACUUCCUCCGAUUGUUCAGCGUGCAGCUGUUCCUGAGUCCAUUUGGGCUGGAUGAUUUUGUUGCAGCAAUUAAUUGCACUGUGCAGAAUAACUUGUUGGAUGCUGUACAUGUCUCGCUACUGCGUGCACUGAGGCGGCUUCUUGAAUCUAAAUCUGCCGAAGGAUCUCAGCUCGCUUCAAAUUGCUUGAAGUAUCUGGAUUGGACAUUACUGGAUGCUUUAACUUGGCCAACUUUCUUACUAGAGUACCUGUAUGUGAUGAGUUGCAUUAAGAAUCUAGGGGGGCGGAGUUUUGGUAGAAGCCUCCUAGCCACUGAAUACUAUAAACUUCCUGUUCCCAUGAAGCUGAGGAUGCUGCAAAUACUCUGUGAUCAUGUCAUUGAAUCAGAUGAGCUCAAAACUGAACUGGAGGACCGAGAAGGAUACAACGAGGAGAUGGAAUAUGAGAUGGAUUCUAGCACCUUUUUGGAGGCUGGUUCAAGAGCAGUCUCGACUAGAUCCUCAAAGGCCUCUGCUUACGAAAAGAUGAAUGAUUUGCAGAACCUGGAAAGUGCUCCGAAGGUAGCAAAUCCAGGAGAUACUGCAGCGGACGCUUCUCAGGAUGGCAACAGUGAUGAUUGCCGAAUAUGUGGCAUGGAUGGGACUUUGGUAUGUUGUGAUGGCUGCCCAUGGGCAUAUCAUUCAAGAUGUAUUGGUCAAAACAAAGCUUUCCUUCCCCAGGGAGAAUGGUUUUGUCCAGAAUGUGUGGUUAACAAGCUUGGACCAACUUCAUCAAGAAUUGAGCGUGGUGCAAGAGGAGCUCAAAUGCUUGGCAUUGAUUUGUGUGGCAGACUUUUCUUAGGAACCUCUGACUAUUUGCUGGUGAUCGGAACAUCUUCAGAUGCAGAGUCUUAUGCAAGAUAUUACAAUCGUUAUGAUGUUGUCAAGGUCCUCCAAAGACUCGCUCUUUCAGAUGCAUAUGGGGAUAUAUGCAGGCAAAUAGAGGAAUACUGGAAGCAUUUACUUGGUAUAGUUCAGAGUGAGAGAUCAAAAGUAGGUAAAGAAAUUGGUAUGGGCCACACUCCACAAUCCAGCAUGUUGAGUUUUACUCCAACAAAAGCAGGAGAUGGAAGUGGCUGGACAACAUUAAAAGAUGGUGGGAGCAGUAAAACAGUAGCACUCCCUCAAACAGAUGUUCACCAGAAAUUUGUGGCUAGUGAGGAGCAAAAAUGCAUGUCCAGCUUUGGUGCUGUCGCCGAGAAUAAUGCUAAAGUUUGCAAUCGAACUCUAUCAGCUCAGUACAACAUACACAAUGCACCCAAAAAUGGAGCUUUUGCACCAUCUGUGGUAUCGUCAAUUUCUCACCAGAAUGGAUCGGUUGUAACAGGCGUGUAUAACAUAGCACAAGCACAGCCAGCUCAGAGUAUAUCCCGUCCAGACUUCUCGACCUAUGUUGGAACUAAUAGCAUGCCCAGGGAAGGUACUGUGAGCACCAUUUCUGCAAAGGCAGAAUCAUUUUGCCCCUCUUAUCAAGGUAAACAGCACCUUCAGCUGUUUGCUGAAAGAUCUGGAAACAUGAGUGGUGGCAAGGCAGCAAAAUUGUUGUCUUUUAAACCACAGGCUUACCUGAACCUCUACAAUCAUGGCAACAUUGCAGCAUCUGCUGCUGCCAAUCUUGCUGUUAUUACAUCUGAUGAAGGUAAGAUUUCAGCAUCCAAACUGACUGCAAACCCAAGGAAAAGAAUGGCUGCAGACAAUUGUCUACAAUUGAAAGCAUUUUCCUCAGCAGCCGCACAAUUUGUUUGGCCUAGUACCGAAAAGAAGCUUAUGGAAGUCCCAAGAGAUAGGUGUGGUUGGUGCCUUGCUUGUAGAAGUUCAGCAAUUGGAAACAAAAAGGCUUGUUUUCUUAACAUGGCCACUGCAAAUGCUGCUAAAGGGUCUGCUCGAAUUCUUAGUGCCAUGCAUGUAAUAAAAAAUUCUGAUAGUCAUUUCCCCAGUAUUGUUGCUUAUUUAGCCAACAUGGAGGAAAGUUUGCGUGGCCUAUUAGUUGGUUCACUACAGGACGCGCAGCAGAAAGAACAGUGGCAUCAACAACUACAAGAAGCUUCCAACUGCAGAACUGUAGUACCCCUGUUGCUUGAGUUGGAAAGCAACAUCCGUGGAGUGGCAUUUUCUGCGAGCUGGUUAAAGCCAAUAGAUGACUGGCCUGUGGAAUCUCCUGGUCUAUCAGCAGGAUCAUCUCGUCCUGCACCUUACCAUAAAUGUGGGGCUGGUGGAAGGCGUGGCAGAAGGCGUUUGUUGGCAUCGGAAUCUGGUACUGCUACUGAUGAUGACAACAGCUGGACUUGGUGGACCGGAGGAAAUAUUUCAAAACGUACUCUGCAGAGGGGAGCUCUUCUAUGUUCAACCAUAAGAAAAGCUGCUCGCCAAGGUGGCAAAAAGAAGAUAGCAGGUUUAUCUUACUAUGAAGGUUCCAAUUUUCCAAAACGGUCUCGGCAAUUUGCUUGGAGAGCAUGUGUUGGACUAAGCCAGACUUCAUCUCAACUUGCUCUGCAGGUUAGAUAUCUUGAUGCCCACAUUAGAUGGAAGGAAUUCAUCCCUCCAGAUCAAAUUCUUUCAGAUGGAAAAAGUUCUGAUGCUGACCUUUCUUCCCUCAGAAAUGCUGUAAUCUGUGAUAAAAAAAUAAUUGACAAUAAGAUAAGAUACGCACUUAAGUUUCCCAACCAGAAGCACCUUCCUGUGCGCGUGACAAAAAAUAUCUUGGAAGCAGAAGGCGAUCAGGAUGAAAAAAGAAAAUUAUGGUUUUCUGAGAACCAUGUGCCACUGUACAUGUUACGUGAAUUUGAGCAGAAUGCUGGGAUUAGCUCCUUGCCUACUCCAGAAGGUUUGGAUAAGUGUCUCACCAAUUUCUACCCAAGGCGAGUAAGAGCAUAUACCGGAGAUGUCUUUUCUUAUCUCUUUCACAAGGGAGAAGUCUAUCCGUGCACCUCAUGCAAGAAGGAUGUUCUGUACAGGGAUAUUAUUAAAUGCAGCUCUUGUCAAGGUAAUUGCCAUAAAGAGUGUACAUCAAGAUCUAUUGAUAACAAAGGAGGCAGUGCUACUUCCACUUUGACAUGCAAGUUAUGCCUCCAGAAGCGGAAUCUUAUGCUUACAAGUUACAGUACCAAUGCAAGUUAUCUCCGGCCUCAACAGAAGAGUACUGGCCAACAGCAAGUGACCGCUCCAAGAAUUGUCUUUAAGGUUGGUUCUUCCCAUUCUGCUGAACCUGCCCUGAAAGUUGAAGCGCAGCUAGUCACUAAGGUUAAAGCACAGCCAGCCACAAAGAUUAAAGCACAGCCAGCAGCAAAGGUGGAAGCUCAGCCAAUUGCGAAGUUGGAAGUCCAGCCACUCGCAAAGGUGGAAACCUUGCCAAUUGCAAAUGUGGCAACUCCAAACAUCGCUUGCGUACAAGCUCAGCCAAAGACAAAAGCUAAAAACUCGAAGUCAGAAAAACCGAAGAAACCUAAAAAAGUUCAGGCGAUCACAUAUUUUGGUCUUGUAUGGAAGAAAAAUAAGACCGACAAGGAUGAUGGAAGUGAUUUCAGGGCGAAUGAUAUAAUCCUUAAAAGUAAGGAUGGUAUAGGUUCGUCAAUAAAGCCGACCUGUUGCCUCUGUAACAAAACUUAUUCUCCGGAUUUCCUGUAUGUACGCUGCGAGAGGUGCAGAAAUUGGUUUCAUGGUGAUGCCUUGCAACUUGAGGAUGAAAGGAUUGGUGAGUUGGUUGCAUACCAAUGCUGUAGGUGCCGAAGAAGAGCCAUACCCCAAUGUCCUCAUUCAGAUGAUUAUACAAAGCCUGAACCAGAAUUUAGCGAACAAACAGUUGCUACAUCAUCACAGUCAACAAUGCUAUCUAGCGAGGAAACUUUUGCUUUAGCAGAUCAGGACCCACUGCUCGCUUCAUAUGGAAUUGUUGAACCGGUUGGGGAAGAAACAGUGGAUGCUGAUUUAUCAGCUAAUAUGUUAAGCUUUGCUUCAGGAAGCAACCAGAAGCUGUCGAUAAGAAGAGCACAAACUAAAAAUUGUGAAUACCUUGACCAAGCAAGAUCUAUGAAUGCCUAUUAUAUCCAGGAUCAACCUCCUGGGACUGGAAACAUCAAUUUCAGCCAUAUGAAUGAAUUUUCGUUUUCGGAGGCUGACAGUAUGGAUGCUUCAGAGCUAUUGGGGUGGGAUUUUUCCCAAGGAACUGCAUAUGCUGCCCUUCCUUAUCCCACUGCUAAUCACCAAGCGAAAGACAAUAGCUGUGGAAGCUUUGCAAUGGACCAAUAUGAACCCCAGACUUAUUUUUCAUUCACCGAACUGCUUGAAGCUGAUGAUACGCAGCUUGACAAUGCAUUUGGGAUGUCUACUGGUCUGCAAGAUGAUGGCAACUGCACGGGAAACUUCAAUCAACAGGGAGCUGGUUUUGAUGAGAUGUCUUUUAUGAUUGAAGAUGGAGCUUCAAAUAUGAACUUCCCAACAGAUCAUCCCUCCCCUGAUUUGGUGGCUUGUCACAAGUGCCAGAACACUGAGCCACCACCUGAUCUCAAAUGUGCAGUCUGUGACCUGCACAUACACCGCCAAUGCUCACCCUGGGAUGAAAAUGUACUGCCGGCUGAGACUGGCAACUGGAGUUGUGGUGCUUGUCGAGAAUGGCGAUGAUCAACUUCUGAACUUCAUUGCAUCUAUUGAGAGCGGCAGCGCCAGCUGUGAGGACAGGUGGAAGGUGUGCCAUGGAUCCGGAUGAAAAUUCUCCAAGCUGUUAUGAUGCAGUGCUACUGAUUGUUCAGAGGCUGGGGUUGAUUAUUUGACAUAAAUUAACCAUCAUACAGUUAGACUAGCAAUGAAUGCAGCGGAGUUUACACUGUACAUACUAAAGGAUGGGUCACGGAGACCAUUUUCCAUUCUUUAGAGUUUAGAUUGUUUACUUUUCGGGAGCUUUAGAGCUAGCAGGUAGGAGAUGCUGCUAGCAACAUGGUAUAUGAUUCUGGAAAACCAUAUAAUGUAAUUCUAUUACCUUACAGUAUUUCCUCUUGUCAGUAUGCCUUAGUCAGGAGUGGCCAACUGACAUUGCUAUGUCCCAUAUAUUGCUUCCAAUUCUUUUUCUCUGUAUACGGAAAUGCUUAAUAGUUC